AUGAAAAGUAACAAGGACGAUGUCGAAAGUGGCACUCUCUACAACACCCUUAACGCCGCAACUUUCAGAAAUUUACAUAUUGAGAUAGAUAAGCUUCGUAAAACUUCUCAGACGAAAAUUGCCCAGUUGAAUGAAGAACUGGAAGAAGAGUGGAUUAAUCUUAAACGGCAAGAAACCAAAAUCGUAGAAGCCGAGAGGGAAAUCGAAACAUUAACUGCUGACAACGAGGAAUUAAAAACGUUACUGUUUUCUGAGAGACGCAGAAACAAAGAAUUGAGCAAGGGUCUGGCAGAAAGCAAGAAAAAACAACAGAAACUAAGUGAGGAAAAGGAUGAGAUCAAAUGUAGUAUGGAAAACGCAAGAGAUGAGAAUAAACGCCUUAGAGAGGAAAUUAUUGAAAAAAAUUUUUUGAUAUCGAAACAGGGUCUCAGUAUUGAAAGCGAUACGUUGGAAAUAAAGGACUUGCGAGAAGAGUUAGGGCUUAUCACCGAAAGGACAAGAUGCUUAUCUGACCAGGUUGAAGAUCUUCAGUUUGAAAAUGCUCAAAUUGCUGAGUUAUAUGAUGAGAUGCUGAGCUCUGCUGAGUCUGUGGAAGUAUUCCCUGGUAGUAUCAACAACGCGCUUAGGAAAGAUAGUGUUUUUGAAGGCGAAGACGCGGAUAACUUUGAAAUGAGUCCAUCAGUGAAGGAGAAAGCUUCAGGUGCAUUUUCUGAAGCAGCCUGCAAAACAGCGAGGGAACGUAAUGUUGGUCCAACCAUUGAUCAUGCUUCAAAUGUUAUAGAAAUCGCUCGUUUAAGAGGACAGUUGGAGCACGCUCGAUUGAAACUACAGUUCCAAGAAAGAAAUCACGAAGAGCUUUUAAUUCGUGUUAACUCGGCGGAAAAUGAGGUUGCUAAGUGUCGGAAAGAAAUUGAGUCUAAGGAAGCAGAAAGAAUUGAUAUGUACGAAGAGUGGAAGAAGUUGUUGUCAAUGGUAGAAGAAAAGGAUUCAAAGAUAAAACACUUAGAUGAGGUAACUGAACGCCUAGUAGAAGAAAAUAGUAAAUUUCAAGAAGAAACGAAAAAUUUAUUGGAGCAGAAGGGACACCUCGAGAUUAAGUUAAAAGAAAUGGAACGGAAGGUAAAACGUUUGAAUAGUGAACAUGAUCAUUCUGAGAGGGAUCAUUUACGGGAGUUGCAUGACUUGAAGCUUCAGAAUAGCGUCCUUCAGCAGCAGCUGAAUUUGAGAAAGCUCAGUGGUUUCGAAACUCCAUUAGAGCAAAGUGGACGCUUGCUGAGUUCGCGUUGGAGUGGCUCUGAACAGUCUUCUUUGUCGUCCAAAAGAGUGCUGCCUGAAUUUGCUGUUCCCCCUCUUUGGGGUUGCAGGGAAACAGAUGUUAUUUUUGACAUUCGGUCUUACUCAGUUAUACCCAUUUCAAGUGUAGAACGAGACGAAGAGUCUCACGGCGACCAAACGCUUUUAGCUAAUGAUUCUCAAAAUAAGGAUGUAGAGACACUGGAAAAAUGUCAUCAUAAAUAUUUUGAAGGGCCUCAUGAGUCCCAUUCAACUUGGCUGAAGAAGGAAGGGAGAAGAGUGUGCCCACGUCGUCGUGUCAAGUCGUCUAGUUACAUGCAGGUGGGAUCAGUCUCUUCAUGUGGUGGUGAGUAUGACAGCUGGCUCGCCCACCAGCAUUACACAAGCUUUGGUAGCUUGUAUGCGUCUUUUGGGGCUUGGUCUUUGGGAAGCAGUUCGAUUUUCUUCCUUUCCGGCUUAAAACGCGCUGAUCUCUCUAGGCAGAAGUUUCUUUUAGCUUGCACUUUAAGAGACUUUCAAAGAGCGACCUGUUUGGUAUUAUCGGAUCAAUUCCAUGGAGGUCCAGUAGGGACUCAUUCUUUUGAUUACUUAGAGUAA